GAGGAUUUCUUUGAAGCAAAAGUUUCUCACGACUGCAAGCAACCUGUAAUCAGUCGGGUUCGCGUGUCAACUUUAGCUCGGAGCGAUACAAGGAAAUAGUCAAGGAAGUAGGACCCGGUCGAAAGAUAGAAAAGGGUGAAAACUAGGAAGGCGCUGAAGUACGACGGUGUAAGUGUACCUAAGUUUAAAGUCAGGAACUCCAAGAAAUCGAGUGAGAAGAAAACAUCUGUUAAAUUUUGUUAGAAGAAACGGGAUGAAAAAGGAGGAACAACAAGAGACGGUGAGCUUCGAUGAAUCAGUAGUGAUAUCAGUAGCGGCACCUGCCGGUGCAAGUAGAUCAACGACGACGACGGCGACGACGACGACGACGACGACGACGACGGGGGCGGUGAAGCCGGCGACGGUGCCAGCGGCGGCGACGACGACGACGAUGACAACGAUGACGACGAAGACGAUGUCGUCGCCGAAGAUGCCGGAUGGAGGCGCUUGCAGCGACGAGGACGAAGUCGAAGGAGGAGGUGGAGGUGUUGUAGGAGGUGGUGUAGGAAGUGGUAGCAAAAUGGGGAAUGAGAAUGAAGUGGAGGAGAUAGAGGGGAUGUUAGAAGAGGAGGAUGAGGAGGAUGAAGAGGUGGAGGAGGAGGAAGAAGAAGAGGAUGAGGAGAGUGAAAGGGGCGAGGAGGAGGAAGAGGAAAGAGAAAAGCAGCAGGAGAACGGCAAUGGAAAGGGUGGAGAUUUCACGGCGCAGAAGACGACUGGCGUUGGUGGGCUUUUGUUAGGCGAAAGUGGGGGUGGAGGCGGCAUGGGUGGCUUCUGGAGGCAAAGCAGACCCUCCAGUCCCCGCAUGCCGCCUCCGGAGCAGCGGGAGCAGAGGCCAAAGAGCCGACACGAUCCGGCCUUAGCGAGAUACAACAAUCUCGGUUAUUGGAGAGCUAGACGUGUUACUUUUUACAAAAAUGGCGAUCCCUAUUUUCCUGGGGUUGAAUUCAGAUUCAAACCGAGGCGCGAUAUCGGAUCACUGGAAGCCCUAUUGGAUAGAUUAUCUCUUCGUUUGGAUUUACCUAGGGGAGCACGUUACAUAUUCUCGAUGGACGGCGAUCGGAAAGUUAAUUUGGACGAAUUAGAAGAUGGAGCUUCUUAUGUCGUGUCAAGCUAUAAAACGUUCAAGCCGGCGAGCUAUGGAAAGAAAAGUAAUAAUUGGUACACGACACCAACCAGCGGUGGUAGCAGAGGUGGUGUUAGUGGUAGCGGGACAGGAGGAACCGGAGGUUGGCAAAGUAGACCAGGAGCAGUAGCUAGCCUAAGUAGAAAGGCUUCCAUCACCGAAGAAGCACCACCACCAGGAGGUGGUAAACCUUCAUCAGGUCGUGUCAUCCGAAUUGUAAAUAAUCAUGAUCAUACUGUUCAGUGCCGUGUUCUACUAAAUCUUCGAACUUCUCAACCGUUCGAAGAAGUAUUAGAGGAUCUUGGUCAAGUUUUAAAAAUGAAUGGAGCUAAAAGGAUGUUCACUGUUUCGGGUCAAGAGGUAAGAAGUUUCUCGCAAUUGAGAAAUGAGUUCGCCGAUAUAGAUACAUUUUAUUUGGGCACUGGCUCUAGUAUGGGUAUAUCUGGUACUAUAACAGCCUCUCCAACUAGAAGAUCAAGAUCACGUGGGCCACCAACAUUGGUGGAAGAUCUUGGCCGUCAGAGACGAGCUCGAAGUAAAAGUAGACCUCGAGCACUUUACGCACCGGAUUCCGAAGUUGUUCGAGUUAAUGAUUACAGUGUCGUAGAGGUUUUAAGAGACGAACCCGUUAGAGUAACUAUCAGAGGUCUUAGAAGAUCAUUUUAUCCGCCAUCACGUUUGCCACCAGUUGAUAAUUCUCCGCCAGAUAAAAAAUUACAAUUAGAAUGGGUCUACGGUUACCGUGGUACUGAUACCCGUAGAAAUCUAUGGGUGUUACCAAGUGGAGAAUUAUUGUAUUAUGUUGCUGCAGUUGCAGUUCUUUUUGAUAGAGAAGAAAAUGCACAAAGACAUUACAUUGGUCAUACCGAGGAUAUUACUUGCAUGGAAAUACAUCCUAGCAGAGAACUCGUAGCAUCUGGUCAAAGAGCUGGCAGACAUCGAAAAGCUCAACCUCAUGUUCGUAUUUGGUCAACGGAAACUCUUUUAACUCUUUACGUUUUUGGAAUGACCGAGUUUCAAAUAGGAGUAUCAGCAUUGGCUUUCUCUCAAUUGAACGGUGGUAGCUAUGUACUUGCUGUUGAUGCUGGAAGAGAAGCCAUUCUCUCGGUAUGGCAAUGGCAAUGGGGUCACUUAUUGGGUAAAGUCGCGACUAUGCAAGAAGAUCUAACAGGUGCAGCUUUUCAUCCAUUGGACGAUAACUUAUUGAUAACGCAUGGACGUGGACAUUUAACAUUUUGGAAUCGACGGAAAGACGGUUUCUUUGAACGGACUGAUAUUAUUAAACCUCCAUCGCGUACACAUGUGACAAGUAUUCAAUUCGAACAAGACGGUGACGUUAUUACGGCUGAUAGCGAUGGAUUUAUUACGGUAUACUCGGUUGAUGCAGAUGGUGCUUACUUCGUUAGAAUGGAAUUCGAAGCUCAUAACAAAGGUAUCAGUUCUCUGGUAAUGUUGUCCGAAGGUACACUGCUGUCUGGUGGUGAAAAAGAUCGCAAAAUUGCGGCUUGGGACUCUUUACAAAAUUACAAACGUAUUACCGACACUAAGUUACCGGAAGCAGCUGGAGGAGUUCGUAGUAUUUAUCCUCAACGGCCAGGAAGAAACGAUGGCAAUAUUUACGUUGGAACGACGAAAAAUAUUAUAUUGGAGGGAUCUUUACAAAGAAGAUUCAAUCAAGUGGUUUUUGGUCAUGGUAGACAGUUGUGGGGUCUUGCUGUUCAUCCGGAUGAUGAAGUUUUUGCCACAGCAGGUCAUGACAAAAAUAUUGCACUUUGGCGAAGACAUAAAUUGUUAUGGACAACUCAGGUUGGCUUCGAAUGCAUUUGCAUAGCAUUUCAUCCUUUUGGUGUAGCCUUGGCUGCAGGUUCAUCUGAUGGACAUUUGCUUGUCUUAGCAGCUGAUACAGGUGCUGCUGUAGCAACUUUAAGAGUUUGCGGAUCGCCUUUAUCAUGUAUUGGAUAUAAUCCAACCGCUGAAACCGUUGCGAUGGGUUCGCAAAAUGGUAGUAUAUAUCUCUUUCGAGUAUCAAGGGACGGUUUUUCUUACAAAAAAAGUAACAAGAUACGUGGAACACAACCUUUGGUACAACUCGAUUGGAGUUCUGAUAACAGAUUUUUGCAAACGGUGACACAGGACUAUGAUCUUGUUUUUUGGGAUGUAAAAGCACUUUCAUCUGAAAAAAGUCCAUUAGUUAUGAAAGAUGUUAAAUGGCAUACACACAAUUGUACAGUAGGAUACAUGGUCUCAGGUAUGUGGAAUAAUCGUUAUUAUCCAUUGACAACGGUUCUCACCACAGCCUGUAGAUCAGCAGCACACGAUAUGCUUGUCAGCGGAGACGCCGAAGGUUAUUUAAGACUUUUUAGAUAUCCAUGCACCAGCGCAAAAGCGGAAUACGUAGAAGAAAAGGUUUACAGCUCGUUGGUAGCUUGUGCUAGAUUUUUGUAUAAUGAUCGAAAUAUUGUAACCGUUGGUGGAACCGAUGCUGCCCUUAUGCUUUGGGAAUUAGUGGAUGAAUAAGGAUAUAUAUAUAUAUAUAUAAAUAAAUUAUUAUAUAUAUAUAUAUAUAUAUAUAAAUUGUUAGGGCAAGAUCACAAGAGAUAGACGGAUUCUAAUAUCUGAAGGAUAUAUCAUUUUUUGUUUAUUUUUUUUGUUAGAUAUUUCAUAUUUUUUUCUUUCUUUUAUUUUUUUAUUUUUUUUUAUUUUUUUUUUUUUAUUUUUUUUUUUUUAAUCACUUUCAAUAAAUACGUAUCCAUUAUUAAAACUUUAGAUAACCGAACUACUUAACGAACUUACAAACCACUUGACUCAGUGUUCAAUCUUUUUCUAUAAUCAUCAUUAAACACAAACACACACAUACACACGGAAUAAACAAGAAUUUACAGUGAUGCAGUAUAAAUAUUAAUAAUAAUAAUAAUAAUUAACAUUUUCUUGGAGCAUUAUUGAAUUAGUGAUAUUGUUGUGACAGAACGAAUUCUCUCUCUUUCUCUCUACAUGAAGAAUAUUAGGGAAAAAAAAAACAAAAGAAAAACAAAAAAGAACAUAACAAAUAUAAAUAUAUACAUACAUAUAUAUAUAUAUAUUUGUUACAUUACAUAUGUAUAUGUUAUAGAUAUAUACAUAUUGACGUAUACUUACAUAUACAUAAAUGUACUAUUUUAGCCAAAUAUAUGCGCGUUAAAAAGCGCAUUAGCGCACAGAAGGUUAGAGGGUGCUGGCGCCCAGACCUUCCCCUACCCCCUUGGUCUCCCCCAAAAAAAAAUGUUCUUAGAAAUAUUUAACACGAAAACGUUAGAUAUAAUAUUUAAUAUUACUAAUAAUAAUAAUAAUAAUAAUAAUAAUAAUAAUAAUAAUAAUAAUGAAAUAGUAAUAGAAAGAAAAAUAAUAAUACAAAAUAUGCACGCACACGCCCGUACGUACAUUGCAUGAAGAUGAUGUGUCGCCGCGCUCUUUGUACCGCGAAAUUAUUUCUAAAAUACUUCUCUGUUAUUCGUUACAAAGAGAGAAAGAGAGAGAAAGAAAGAGAGAGAGAGAGAGAGAGAAAGAGAGAGAGAGAGAAGGAAUUUUAUGAAGAUUAUAUAUAUCAGGAGAAAAUUGUUGCAGGUCAACAUGCAUUCUCCUCUUAUCUUACCCCAUACCCCAAACCCCCUUGAUGUCCCCCUACAAAUUUUCACAAAAACAAAAAGUAAUACAUAUAUAUAGAUAUAUGUAACAAAUUAUUUAACAAAAAAAAGGAAAGAAAAGAAUAAAUAAAAAACACGUCAAUUUUUUCGCAUACGUAUUAUUAUCGCUUGUAAGCAUCGCUCGAAAUCCUCACUGCCAAGGCAUCGAAUUUGAGAUUUUAUUAAGUUACUUAUAAAUUGAAAGUGCUUGUGCUAUGAGCCACAAAAUAAUAUGUAUGUAUAUAUAUAUAUAUAUAUAUAUAUAUAUAUAUA